AUGACCAAGAAGCUUGAUAAAUGUAAUGAAGAAGCGUCGCAGGUAGCAUGGAGGACACCUAGCUCAACUCCCAACCUGAUUGACGCUAAAGAGAGUUCACCUGGAGAGACUGCAUCUAAGAGACCGACAGGGGGCUCUACUCCAUCUCUUCUAGCUCCGGUCAAGCCAGGGCGGGGCGGAACAUUAAUGCAGACAUCUGUCAGUUUCAACAAGCUGCAAGACAGUGCAUAUGGUCCAAAUACAAGUAUGUCCCUGAAGAGGCUGAAAGGAAACACCAAACCUAAACAUCUCAAUCACAAACGUGGAACAACCUACCCUGCGAAGGUACUAAAACACAAUGCCUCUCCAGAACUCUCCCCUAGGAGCAAGGCUAGGUACUCAAUAUCAAAAGCUCCCAACACCGACCGGCUAAGAAAUGCUAAGAUCAUGGCAGAGAAAGCAAUGAAGAUGAAAAAGAUCUUCACCAUCCAAGGUCCUUACCCAGUGGUCACCAGUCUGAUGCGCAGAUCAUGGGUGGAAAAAGAAUAUCGACUCAUGAACCCACACAAGUAUAAGAAGAAGAAUGGAGGCGAGGAUGACUUAAGAUCUGACGAUGAUGAUGAUAUGGAUGAUGACAAUGCUUGUGAUGAUGGCAAUGAUGAUGCUUUAUUCACUGAUCCUAAUGGUGCUUGCGGUAUCAUGUCAAGAAUUGUUCGGAAUGCCACCCCAUCAUUUCUGUGGACAGUGCGUAAGGGAGCUGUAGAUUACAAACUAUUGAGAAAGGACACAAUUGUCAACCAUUUCUGCAAGAAUGGAACUUUCACAACAAAGGUUGGUCUCUGCCUUAGUCUGAAGAAUCUUCCUUGGUUUGAGGAGAGAGAGGCAGAAACAUUCUUACCUCGAUGCUAUAGGAUAUGUGCAGAUGAAGAAAAGGAGGCAUUCGUAGAUGACUACAGGGUAUCAGCUGCUAUCGGUGUGUUGAAAUGGAUUGUCAUGAAACAAGAUGGAGACCUAGACAUUGACCUGACAGAAGAAGAAGAGAACAAAGAAAGUGACAAAACAGAAGAGAACAAAAAUAUUACAAGUCCGAGAAAUGGCAAAGCUUUGAAAGCCAGAAAGAUACCAGUGGUAUUAGGAAACACCAUUUGUAAACAUAGCCUCAAGAUUGUUGAAGACUUCCUCGCAUCUCAUGAACAUGAUGAUAUAGAUGAGGAUCUCUCACCUUUAUUAACUGAUGAGCAGUGGGACAAAUUCAUUACAGAGUACUAUCAGCUGACAAGUGAACGAGGGAGCAUUGAUGAUGUCACCAUGCACUAUGUAUACUGUGAGAGCCUACUGAACAGACUACGAUCAAUACUACCUCAGCUCGACAUGCAAGGCCUUAGAAACAUCUGGAUUGUAAAACCUGGUGCUAAGUCGAGAGGCAGAGGUAUCAUGUGCAUGAACAAACUUGAUGAGAUCCUGAAGCUGGUUGGUAACCCGAUGGUCAAGAAAGAAGGGAAAUGGAUCGUCCAAAAGUAUAUAGAGCGCCCUCUGUUGAUCUACCAGACAAAGUUUGACAUCCGUCAGUGGUUCCUGGUCACCGACUGGAACCCUCUGACUAUCUGGUGGUAUGAUGCUUGCUACCUCAGGUUCUGCACCCAGCCUUUCUCCCUUGAUGACUUGGCCCAAUCUAUCCAUCUAUCCAACCAGUCCAUUCAGAAGAACUACGACAAUGCCGUAGAGCGUGAUGAGAACCUGCCAUAUGAUAAUAUGUGGGACAGUGACACCUUCCGCAAGUACCUGGAUGAUCGUGGGUUUGAGGGUCUGUGGGAGAGUGUGAUUGUACCAGGCAUGAAGAAGGCUAUUGUUGAUAGUAUGCUCUGUGCACAGGAUGCCAUGGAGGCUAGGAAGAAUUCCUUUGAGCUGUAUGGGGCUGACUUCAUGUUGACAGACGAUUUUCUGCCAUGGAUGUUAGAGAUCAACGCUAGUCCUGCCAUGGGCGCCUCCACACCAGUCACAGAGGAGAUGUGUGCUUCUGUGAUAGAGGACACAAUGAAGGUUGUUCUGGAUCGCAGGCAUGAUAAGAACUGCGAUACUGGUAAAUUCCAGGUCCUUUUCAAAGGGCCGAGUGUUAGUGUUCCACCCUACAUUGGGUCGUCCGUCAGCGUGGAUGGCGUUGGCGUGCGACGACCAGUGACAAUGAAUCGGCAGAAGAGCAUCAACAACAUAAUCAGUCCUCGUCCUGAGGCUGAGAGAAAGUCUGAUCCUCAACGCAGCAAGACACCAGGAGGAAAGAUGGAGAAGACGAGUGCGUUCCAGAAGCUGGGACUGAAGACAGGUGCAACACCAAGGCUACUACUAUGGAGGACAUGAAGAAGAAACUAGCAGGUAUUGACAAAGUGCAUGUGUUUGAUAGUACAUGUAGUAGUAUUAACGGUUGUGUUAGUAGUAGCACUAACAGUUUUCAUGGAAAGAAGACAAAGCGACUGAGAGGCAGGAAGAUGAAACCCAAGACUGAUGACACGAUGACCAAGAACGUCAGUACGGCCACCAAGACUAUCCAUUUACCAAGCCUGCAGUACAAGCCAUCGGGUGACGGGAGGGAAGAGUUGAAACCAACACAAGUGAUGGUCAGAUCUGCAGGUGCGGGAGGGGACAGUAAAGCGAAUGUUACAUCUGAGGUGUCUGACGGCUGUGAGAAUAACUGUGAUACAUUCAGACAUUAUACAGUGAAGAGUACAACCCAGCUGCAAGGAAGCUUCCAAAGAGGGAGCUACCAUCAUCACGCGUGCGAGCUCCCACGGUAGGAGACUACGAGAUCAAUCUCCAAAAACCAAAGUUUUCAGACAAUGAGGGCGCCCUUGUCAAGCAGGUCAGAUCAGGAGUUCUGAAAGUUAAACUGAAGCUGCAGCAUACUGGCCAAAGCUCUGAGCUUUCACCGAGCUUAGGAGGUGCCUUGACAGAAUCAAUGGACUCCUGGUGUAGCACAACUAUUUGAACUUUGACAUUCAACCUUUGAUCCUUGCCAGACAGCCAUGUUCUGUGUUUAUAUGUUGCACAGCUUUACAGCAAAUCAUACAAAAACACACAUUUAGAAACGUAUUCGUUGUAAGAAAUUGGAAUUCUUGUAAGUACUUUGAAAAAUCUAGUCAAUUUAAACAAUAAUUAAAUGUUUGACAGGAUUUCUUCCAUAUAGAACAUCGUAACUGAUCAAUUCACAUCAUAUUGGAAGCAGUACUAAGUACUGAUAAAAUUGAUGCUGCAUUUUUUAAAUAUUUGUUUUGAUGUGUUGUACUACUUUUAUUGAAAGUCUCACCAUGUGACAAUUUUUGUUGUCAUCCUUGUUUUUGUAUGUUAAGAUGUGUAUAUACUUGUUUAUGUUGUAAAUGGGCCUUAUGGAAGACCACUUUUAAACAUGAAAUGGGCCAUCCUAGUUAGGAAUAAACAAAUGUAUAGAGAAUGAACAAGAUAAAUGCAUGAAUAAAUAAAUGAAGAUACAAAUAAUUGAAUAAAGAAAGAAAAAUAGAAAUCUAGAAAUACUGAACAAAGAUAGACAAUUAAAAUUGUAUAUAUAAGUGAUUGAUUCCAGUUUAGCUUAAAGAGAAAUAAGACAAUUAUUUCAUGGAAAGAUCAAAGCUCUGUAGCCCUCAAAGUGAGUGGGUCAGACAGAACAAAGUAUAUUUUUAUAGGAACAAUAGCUAGGUUGGACAAAUCUAACAUAACCAGUUGGGAGAUAAAGAAAAAACAUUUCCAUAGAAAGUCAUAAAGUGUGUGAAGAUGACAUUGUGUGUGGAUUGAAUAAUAUUGAUUUUUUUUUUAUAAUGACAAUAGAAAUUUGAACUUGUCCAUUUCCAUAUUAAUUCACUUUUGAAGUAUAAUUGCAAAACUUCAGAUAAAAUCUGCGCAAGACAUCUAAGAAAGCAAUAUUAUUAUAUAUCAAGGAAAUGUUUUGAAGUGCAAUAUUUUGUAUGGUCUAUUUUCGUAAGAACUAUUUUGUAAAAUGUAAUAUCAUGUAUAUAUAUGGAAAUCCCAGCAUUCACCAAAUGGUUGGGAUGUUUCUGAAUUCAUAUAUGUUUGUAUUGUAUGUGUUGAACCCUGUAUCAUUGCCAUACCAUUAUUAUACUUGAUAUUUGUAGAAAUCGAUGGUAUCAAUUUUUGUUUAUUCAGGUAUAAAUAACAAUGUAUUAAAGUAUAAACAAGUACACAUCUUUCUAAGCCUCUUUUUGGUUGAAGAUACAGAAAGAUGUUAUGUAAGUAUGGUGAUUUACACACAAUGCACUGAUUUCACCUAAGCAGUGCUUGAACAUAGAGAAAUCAUAAAGUUGGUACUUGUUUGAAAAUACAGCAUCUGUUUAAAUGUCUUUGAACUGAAAAAGUUGCAGUACAAAAUCACCCCCUCCCCCCAUUUUUUGUAUAAAGUUUAAUUUUUCCACAGACAAAUUUACCUCCUUAUACAUGUUUUGUUUAAAUCAUUUAUGAAUGACACGUAUCCAUGUAAAAAUCCAAGGUUUGUUUCUUCCACAACAAACUAAUCAUUUUUCCUUCCGUAUUUUUUCACUUGCUUUUGCCAUUGUUUGGCUGGGUGAUUACAUAUGAUCACAUGACUAACGUAGGAUCUAUGAGUACUGUACAGGUAACCAGUGAUUUGGUUUUUUGGAUUGGUUUGUGUGCAGUUUGGUUUCAUUCAAUUCAGGGGCUCUUCAAGGUUUCUGCACAUACAUGUAUUACAUAAACAUUAUCACAUCUGUUCAGAGGCGGAAGGGCAUUAACUUUGUCUGGCUCCAGACGAAUAUUUCAUCAUCCACAGAGCUACAAGAUAACGAUGGUACAGUGGACCCCACAUAAUCCUAAAGCUCUUUUCCUGGCAUUUCAAUCUAACGAAUUGGAGUUUAAGAAUUUAAAGUAUAACAAAAGAAAGGAUUGUAAAGGUUGAAAAAUAAAGAAGAUUCCUGGAGGAUGGAAUUAAAUGUUUUCCCAAUAGACAAGAUAAUAAAAGGCAGUAACUGAUAAUUUUGUUAUGGCAAACCAAAAAGUUUGAAAUCAAGAUAUAAGGUAUUUAUCAGGUUUUAUAAGUAAAGUCGUGAAAUAGAUGAAUUAACCAACCUGUUGAAAAAGAGGUUCCAUCAUAAUUUAUGAAAUUCAAAGACAAGGGAAUAAUUAAAAGCGAUAUUCUUACAUACCAAAUUGAUUUAAUGCUGUUAGUGGGCUCUGAGAUUUAAAAACAACUAU